UUUGAUCCAGUAACUUGGAAUGUUUCUGGUGCUCAUGCAACAACGUUUAAGAGUUAUUUGGCAUAUCUUGCUCGAAGUUGUUGUAGUAUUUUGAAACAUGAGUGGAAGGAAGUAGACGAAGAAGAAAAAACAAAAUUGUGGACUGAUCUUGAGAGUUAUUUUGACAUUCCGGUAAUUAAUAAAGAUCGUGAUAAAGAUCCUUUGAGGAAUGCAUGGUUAUCUUAUGCGGGAGACCGAUGGAGAGGUUUUAAGACACAACUCACGAGAGAAUAUGUUUCAAGGCCCAAAGAGGAUCGCAAACCUCCAUAUGUGAGGAAAAAAGUCAAAAGGGUAAGGAAAAAGUGGCCAACAAUUGCCACCCCCAUAGAUUAUCACGUGGAGGGUAUGAUUUGCUUACGGAGACUAUGAUUGCUGAAAAGAAGUUGUUGGCAGAGAGCGUUGAUCGUAGUCCAUCUCCACCCACCCGUCAUGAAAGCUGGAAGAGGGCGCGACAAACAAAAGAUGGUUCGUACACAUCAACGGCUACACAAGUUGUUGCCGAUAAAAUUGACUCUCUAGUUGAAGAGACGAAAAAGGGCAACUUUGUUCCAAUCGGACGUGAUGAUAUUCUAACAAGUGCCCUUGGAACAGCUGAGCAUGGUGGCCAAGUUCGUGGUGUUGGACGAGGUGCUACAUUUAGCAAUUAUUUUGGAAGGGCUUCAAGGUCAUCAUCGAAUACAAAUGUCACUGAGCAGCUCUCACAACUAGAAGAAAAACUUAGAGCUGAAUUUGAAGAGAAGAUGGCUGAAGAGCGUCAAUUGAUGCAAAAGACAAUGAUGGAGACUCUUAAAUCUGUCGGUUUCUCUCAAAACGCCUCCCCUACAAAGCAAGUGGUUGACGAUUCUUCUCCAAAACAUGUUGCAGGGAACUAUGACAGUAUGAAAGCUAGUUGUUCUGCUGCACCAACAAACAUUAAAGAGGACUUAGAUAAUGGUGUAGACUCGGUUCAAAAAUUGUUAUGCAUGAUUGUCAAAAGGAAAACAUAUUUGCCCAUACAGCUGGAACAUGAUAAGAUUGUCAAGAAUUUUAAGAUGUCGCCAAAGUAUAUGAAAGACUUGUUGGUGGGUGAUAAUUGGCUUGACUUAUCAAUUCUACAGCUUUGGUGCACGUAUAUGCAACGUGUUUCCAUAGACACAAAAAAAUCAGAUUUGUUUGCAUUUUUGGACCCGGUUCAAUUGAGUUUUGCAUCAAAGCCAGUUUCACUUCAAAAGGCGGGUAAACAAUACAUUCAAAAUAAUUUGCGUGAUCUAAACAAAGUGUGCUACUUAGCACCACAUCUUUUUGACGGGCAUUGGCAAUUAAUAAUUAUGUGUCCUAUGGACAAUGUUAUAGUUUGUCUUUGUUCAUUACACCGUAAGAUACCUGAGGCAGCGAGGAAUUUUUUUACAGAUGCUUUUAAAGUUCAUCAAUUGGCAACUUUUGGUAAUAGAAAGAAGGCUACAUGGAUUUUUCCCAAAACAAGGCGACAACCUAACGGUAAUGACUGUGGAUAUUAUGUAAUGAAGAACAUGCUUGACAUUGUCACCGCUAGUAUUACAAAGAAUUGGAUGGAGGUGUUCGAUGAUCCCACGUCAUUAACUGAGGAGGAGAUGUAUGAAUUGCGAAACAACUGGGCUACUUGUUUUCUUGACAUGUACAAUCCCGAGGUAGAUUAUGUUGUUUCCGAUGAUGAGGUUUAG